UCGUUCUAUUUGAGUGAUAUAAAAGGCGUAGUCGGGUCAGCGAAUAGUUACAGUCAAAUAAUACAGCUUCAAUCAUUCAGCAACUGCUCAACACAGACCUUUGUGAAACAAUCGUUCAAAAUGUUCAAACUGGUGGUGUUGUCUGCUGUUCUGGCCGUUGCCGCUGCCGCCCCUAGCGCAACAGUAUAUGCUUCGGCACCGCUGGCAUACACGUCUGUGGUGCACCAGCCAACCAUCUAUGCUCAGAAGGAAAUCUCCUACCAGAAGAGCAUCAUCGAAGAACCAACCGUUGCUCACGUAGGCACUGUCCUGAAGAACGUCCCAACUGGAGUUUCUCAUCACAGCUCGUCGGUGGUGCACCAUGAUGCCAAGAUCUCAGAGCCAAUCUACGCUCCGACCGUGAAGAAGACCGUUGUGUCGACUCCAAUCGAGAAGACCACUUAUCAUCAGACCUAUGCUGCUGCACCGGCCAUCACCUAUGCUGCUGCCCCAAUUGCCAAGCAUGCCUAUGUUGAGGCUGCCCCAGCUCUGACCUACGCUGCUGCUCCUGCUUACACCUAUGCUGCUGCCCCAGCUCUGAGCUACGCCGCUUCCCCAGCUCUGACCUACGCCGCUUCCCCAAUCUCCUACCACGGCAGUUACUACGGCGCAGCCCCUGCCGUGUAUGCCCACCACUAAAUCAAAUGGCGGUGACUGUCGGAUUAUUUUUCUUUUGUUCGCGCUUUGGUUGUUUCUAGUGAAAGAUGAGGAAAAUGAUGAAAUAAAUCUUUUUGAUGAAGAGUA